AUGCUGCGCCUUGUGGUGUGGCUGCGCGGGCGCCACGAUCCGCAGGUGCUUGGCACGCCGGUGCCGUCGUUCCGCCACUUUCCGUACCGCGCGCGUGACGUGCUGUACCUCUACCGCGACUUCCUUCGCCUCAUCCACCAGCACCCGCCGCAGGAGCGCGCCGAUCUACUGUUUCGUCUGCACAACGAGUUUCACCGCCGAAGGCAUCUAUCGAACCCGAAGGUUAUCACCGCUGCGAUCAAGCGGGGGGAGGGCAUCUUGAACGUGCAGCGGAGCAUGCUGGAGUCGCGGACGCUGCGUGCACGCGCCGUGUCGUCGAAAGAAAAUGGGGCGCAGAGCGUGGAUGGACUGUGGGAUCAGCUGCAGAUGGUGUCGGGGCAUGUGCUGCCGGGGCUGCGCAACUUUGAGCCGUCGCGAAGCGUCUCGAAGGGGUCGUACGCUCAGCAGGCCACGACACAAGCGGUGUACUCGCGGCGGCGGUGA